AUGACAGGAGAUAAAAUCGAAAAAGCCAUAAAGGCACUACAAGAAUCCAUACAAACAAUGAAUGCUAAAAUGGAUACUAACCAUGAAGUGAUCAACAUAAGAAUGGAUGAAAAACAACAAGAAGAUCGAACCUAUCGUGACCAGGUUCAACAGAGUUUAAAUUCCAUGAAUUUAAUGAAAAACGAUUUAACUAGCAGAUUAUUGGAAUUAAAAACAAAGGACGACAAAGAAAGAAAAGCCUUGCAAGAAGUAGCAUUUGAGUUCAACAGUUUCCAACAUGGACAAGCAAAACUGAAGCGAGAAGCUAAGGAAUUUGGCGUAGAACUGAAACAAGAAAGAAACCAAGCCGAAUUCGAAGAAGAAGACAAAGAAUUAGCAGACAUUAGAAAAGGAAUUACUAUCUAUUUACCUUUAUACUUACACGAUUUCAAAGGAGAAAUGAUUAAUCAAGUGAACAACCUGAUUGCCGAACAAGACAAUCCAACUCAAGGGAAGAUUAACAAUAACGAGAAACUACAAAAGGAAAAAAUACUAUUAUCAAAAAUUAAAAAACACUCAUCUUCAAUCAUAAUUGAUGAAGACAACCAAAUCAUUCUGGAAUGCACCAAAAGAUUUACUGACGCUAAUCUAACACCUACAACAUCGAUGACAAUCGAUAGUAUCUUUACCAAAGAUAACACUUUGGCUAUUCUGGAAAUACAACAGGCGCUAAUCAACAAAAGCGUCAAAUACAGUGACUGGAGCAUGUUCCUCUCACUCUGCUGCAAGAAAAACACGGCAUAUCAUUUGAAAGACGCAAGAGGAAAGAUUAUGCCCUGGAAAAACUGUCUUUUAAGUAUCUACAAAUUUUUCAACUUCCAGAAGGCCUCUUCAAUAGCAGAAGAUGAAAUAGUCAAUCGCCAAUUGAUCGAUGGUGAAAAUGUUACCAUAUUUAUGUUGAAGCUAACCGCUCUGGAGUCAGGUGAUUUAAUAGGUUUCGUAACUGUAAUAUUCGAAGUAUAA